CAAAGUAAUCGUAACGACAUUGUAGUUUCGUCCUUUCGAUCUCUCGAGAAUCUCUAGCAUACUUUGAAACGCUGAGUAUGGAAAACUCUGAAAGACUUGAAACAGAUGAGGAAGCUACGGAAUUUGUUCAUCGGAGGGGCUCGUUGCGAGACUCUGAAUCCUUCGAUCACAAAGAAGAUAUUGAAAACCGGCAUUUUGAGAAAAUCAGAGAGCUUCGUUUUAAAAUCAGUGAAAACAUGAAUAACAAUUCUCUGAGCCAAGUUGGGCGUAAUGACGACGCUUUUCUGUUGAUGUUCCUGAGAGCUCGACAGUACCUUGUGGACGAAUCAUUCAAACUUCUGUCCAAUUACAUUGAAUUCCGCCAAAACAACGUUUCUUUGAUGGAAAAUCUAUCAGCAUGGGAGUUGAACCACGUGUUAGAAGACGGCCUUCCAUGUGUUUUGCCAUACACUGAUCAAAAUGGCGCUAAACUUAUUGUUUUCUUCGCCGGCAAUUGGGAUAAAGAUACUUACGGCACACUAGAGAUUUUGAAGGCAUUCAUUUUAACCAUGGAACGCUUGAUUGAUACAGACGAGGCGCAGCUCAAUGGAAUCGUAAUAAUUGCAGAUUUUUCAGGCUGGAGUGCUACUCACACGUCCAAUUUGACCGUUUCUUUUAUUCGUCAAGUUUUCGCCAUGUUCCAGGUAUGUCAACUGAAAUGAAGUCUUAAGCAAAUGAAUAAAGGGGGCAAUUUUCUAAAGAAAUUUUGUUGCUGCGUCGGUGGGGGGGAAGAGGUGGUAUUUUGGAAUUGUUUGGUUUUAUCAUUGUGAUGUAAAUUGACCGUCGUUAAGAGUUUACAAAGCUGAAGUUUAGAGCGUUAGUCCUUCGUUAGAGUGAAUUGGGACAAAUUGGCAGAUGCCGUGACAGCUUUAGCUCAGCCCCAUGUUUUGUUUCUUUACUAAAAAACGCGCCGAGUGCAUUGUUGAAUUAUAAAUGAACGCGGGAAUUUUUAAGAACACGAGAGAAGUGCAGAGAAGCACGAUCCGAAGGCGAGUGCCUCUCGCACUUCUCUCGUGUUCUUAAAAAUUCCCAAGUGCUUAUCUAACUCAACAAUGCUCGAGGAACAAGCUUGUUUAUUUCUUUUGUAAAAUGUAUUUUGAAUUGUGCGAUGAUGUAGGCUGCAUGCAUUAGAUCUCAACAGUGCACUCGUGUGACGUAAGGCGCGUGUUUUAUGGAAAUAUAAUGAACUCGUUCUGACCAAUCACGGCGCGCACAUUUCUCUGAACAUUUUAUAAAAUCUGAUAGAGCAUGCUCUUUCAACCAUUGACAGCGCGCGUUAUAUCCGAACUUUAUUAUAAUAAAGAAGAGGGCUGGAAAAUAAACCUACUUGAGCUCCGCUUUUAGGCUUGGCUAAAUCUAUAUAUUAACGAGUUUCGUAUGUAUCUUUAUCUUAGGAUCACUACCCGGCGAGAUUUGUCGCAUUUCAUUUUGUGAACGAACCCUGGUAUGUAAAGGCUGGACUAACUUUAAUGAAACCAUUUAUUCAGGAAAAGAUGUGGAAGAGGGUAAGAUUACGAAAUAUAGUUUACACGAAUACUUUUAAGAGGGCGAAUCCUCGAUAGAAAGUCAAACUUAAAUCGAAUCUCUCUGGUAGAGAGGCGCUCAAGAAGAAAACAACUCUAGCAGAAUUUAGUAAGUAAACGUGGCUCCUUCUUUGUGUACGUGUAGAAGACACAGGGAUGCGUCACAAUAGAACACCGCCUUAACUUAACAAUUUCAUUGUUUUCCUCGUUCUUUUGUCUUUCUGUUCUUUAUUGUUUUACGUCAACUGCAUUAGAUUCUAAUUCUAGAUUCUGCAUUAGGAUCGCUUAUAUUCGUUUCUUCACCGCAGUGCACAUAUAUGAUUUUCAUAUAUUUCCAGUAAUUAUUCACCACUUGGAAGGUUUGUUUGGAUCCAACGUGAUAACCAGCUCCCAAUUGGCUUGUUAGCUCAACUGGUAGAGCGCUGCACCAGUAUCGCAGAGGUCAUGGGUUCAAAUCCCGUACAGGCCUGAAUUUUUCUCAGGUCUUAUUUCAACUACUCGUUCAGUAGUGUUCAUAGCUGCGAGGAUCGCUUAUAUCCGUAACCGUAAACCUGUUAGUUUUAACAUCACAACUAGAAAGGCUCCAUUCAGUCUUAAAAGGUUAAGUAAAUUAAUUCCUAAUCUCCUACCGUGUAACUAACUAGUUCCACAAGUACUUGGCCGUAAAAGGUCUGGGUACGAGACUGCUUUGAAAAAUUCCUUAAAUGACUUUCCAUUUCUUAAACGGUCAGUUUUCCGACUCCUUUUAGAUACACUUACAUGGUAACAAUAAAGCGACACUUCACGACCAGUGUCACCUGGACACGCUGCCGGCGGAGUUUGGUGGAAAUAAGCCUGCAGUGGACCGCACGUACUGGGCACGAGUAUUACUCGAUUUGGAGAAAACGAACCGAAAUCACGUGUAUGGAGAAAACCCAUUCAAAGGGCUGCUUAGCAUGGAUAUUGACAAGUAAGAAAUCCCUCACGUGAUUAACACGUGAUCAUUCAGCCUUGGUGAGAGAGAAAACCUGGGGACUUGGCUUGGCGAUCGAGAAGCGCUCGUACAAGUUUGGACGACCCUAAUUUAUCAGCGGAAAGGAUGCAGAGAGUAGAAAACAGCUGUUGGUUUGCAAAUUCAUAGAGUGGUGGCAGUUGGGAAAUUCUACUAAAAUUGUAAUAUAUUAUCUGAAAAAGAAAGAUUUCCUGAAACCAGUGGUUUUAGAACAUGCAAGAGAAAUAACAAAAUUUGAUGUUGUACGAAGAAAUAACUUCAUUUCGACAAAUUGCUAUGAGAGCCAGUGCACUAAACUCUGAGUUAAGAGGUCUGGGUAUCGGUGUUGUACUCUUAGGCAAAACACUUUGCUUAUACAAUGCCUCUCUACACCCAGGAGUAUAAAUAGAUACUGCCAGAUUGUUGGUAAAGCCUGAUGAAAUGCUAGGAUGGGGGCAGAGGGGGGAAAUGAAGAGUGACCUGCAAUGAGUUGGCAUCCCUGUCUGGGGAUUAGCAAUUCUCUGGGACCCAGUUGUAUAAAGGACAAAUAUUGUUAUCCAAUUGAUAAAUUGCUCUCUCAGGUGAUAGAAAAAAAACAACUGUGCCAUCCAUCCAGUAAAGAUUUAUCCAGUGGAUAACAUUAUCCAAGCUUUGAAUAAACAGGGCCUGACCUCUUCAUAUUACAGAAAGUGGGAUACACGCCAACUGAAUGAGUCACUUUGAUUUUACUUUCGAAACUUCAGUUGGAAAAGUUAGCCACAUAACAAACUUUUAUUGAG